UCGAAUUUGUUAUAAAAAGCUUGUUAUUGCAAUUCACUUUCUCAUAUUUCCACUUAUUACAACCCCACGUCACAAGUCACAACUUUCCCAUCACUUCUCUAUUCCACUCACUCAUUCACCUUCCUUUGUCCUUUUCCAAUCCCGAAUAUGCCUGCCGCCUCCGCCGCCGCCGCUGCAGAACCUUCACCAAUCUCCGGCCAAACCAUAUGCGUCACCGGCGCCGGCGGAUUCAUCGCUUCAUGGAUGGUUAAACUCCUCCUUGAAAAAGGCUACACCGUCAGAGGAACCUUGCGAAACCCAGAUGAUGCAAAAAAUGGACACUUGAAAGAGUUGGAAGGAGCGAAGGAGAGACUAACUCUGCAUAAAGUUGAUCUACUUGAUCUUAACUCCGUUAAAGCUGCCGUUCACGGUUGUCACGGUGUUUUUCAUACUGCUUCUCCCGUUACCGAUAACCCCGAAGAGAUGGUGGAGCCUGCAGUAAAUGGAGCAAAGAAUGUAAUCAUAGCUGCUGCAGAAGCAAAUGUGAGGCGCGUGGUUUUCACUUCCUCAAUUGGCGCAGUCUAUAUGGACCCAAAGAGAAGUGUUGAUGUUGAAGUUGACGAGUCUUGUUGGAGCGAUUUGGAAUUUUGCAAGAACACCAAGAAUUGGUAUUGCUAUGGGAAAGCAGUGGCGGAACAAGCAGCAUGGGAUAUAGCAAAAGAGAAAGAAGUAGAUUUGGUUGUAGUGAAUCCAGUUUUGGUUCUUGGACCAUUGCUACAACCCACAAUCAAUGCAAGCACAAUUCACAUACUAAAGUACUUAACUGGAUCUGCAAAAACCUAUGCAAAUGCAACACAAGCUUAUGUUCAUGUCAGGGAUGUGGCAUUAGCACAUAUACUUGUUUAUGAAAAACCUUCUGCUUCUGGUAGAUACUUAUGUGCUGAAAGUUCAUUGCACCGUGGAGAGCUUGUUGAAAUUCUGGCUAAGUAUUUUCCUGAAUACCCGAUUCCUACCAAGUGUUCAGAUGAAAAGAAUCCUAGAGUGAAACCACAUAUCUUCUCAAACAAAAAACUGAAAGAUUUGGGAUUGGAAUUCACUCCAGUGAGUCAAUGUUUAUAUGAAACCGUUAAGAGUCUGCAAGAGCAAGGUCACAUUCCUGUUCCAAAGAAAGAUGAUUCUCUAGCAGUCAAAUCUUAAACCUUAUUCAUUGUCAACAAGUUUGAUUCAUGACAAAAACAGAAGCAAUUUUUAGCAAUCUACUAGAUACUAGGCUCAUGUUGCAUUAUGGGCAUCUUUCCUACUAUAGAAAGGCAUCAUGCAGUUUGUAAUUGUCAUGUUUGAAAAUAAUCUCAAUUUAUUAUUGUGGUCCUUACCAGUAUAUUACAAAUAUACUUAUGGAUUUUCUUAAUUCA